UGUUGACUUGGUCCCCGGAGGUUGUUCCAGCACUAUGAUGUUCAGACUGAUGACAAUCCGAUGUCUCAUCUUCCUUUUGGCAAUCUGUACCAUGGUAUUGUUCGUCCACUACAUAUCCACUCCCCACUACAGAUCUCAGGCGAAAACUACAGUCCAAGUGCGGUCUGAAAAACUGAUUCCAGUGAACGUCGUGGAGGUGGAGGAAUUGCACCGAGUCAGGGAGGAAGCAGGGAACUCGCCAGACCUCGAGGCGGCGAUCCAGCUCCUGAAGGAGCAGCGGGAGGCCAGGGCGCUGUAUGAGGAGGUGCGCGUCCUGUGCUGGGUCCCUGUGGCCCCGAGGGACCACAACAAGACCGCGGUGCACGUCAGGGCCACGUGGGGCAGGCGCUGCAACAAGCUGCUCUUCAUAAGUACCAAGGACGACGCCAGCAUCGGCGCUGUCAACGUGGGGAGCGAGGAAGGCUUCAAGGCGCUCUGGAACAAGACCCGAUCGGCGCUCAAGUACCUCUACACGCACUUUCUCAACGACUACGAGUGGUUCUUGAAAGCCGACGAUAACACGUACGUUGUGCUGGAGAAUCUACGUUAUAUGUUACGGGCUUAUGACACGAACGAUCCAGUGUACUUUGGGCAUCACUAUAAAUCGAAGGGGGGAUACAAUUCGGGAGGCGCUGGAUAUGCCUUAGGCCGAGAAACUCUUCGUAGGUUUGUCGAAAAGGCAUUACAUAACGAAGCCAUUUGCGCAUCACGGAAAUACGGGGAGGAUUUUCAACUAGGCCGGUGUCUUCAGGGAGUCGGCGUUGCUAUGAUUGACACCCGCGAUCACCGCCAGGAAGGACGGUUCUUUCAACAACAUGUCAGGGAUAUUUUGUUGAAUCCUGAUAUUCACUCACGCAUCGUUUACUAUCCGGUCAAAAAGGAUGGCAAGCCAGACAGCUGCUGUUCCGACACUGUCAUCUCUUUCCACCAGAUGUCAAUCGCCGACCUUUAUAUGCUAGAUUACCUCAUCUACAAAGUCCGGGUCUUCGGGCAUAUCUCUCCCCUGCCUAUAAAGGUCCCUCUACCGCCUGACCUUACAGGUGUCCCAAACAAGACGCUUCAAAAGUAUCUUCUGUAAGGGAGGCUUCGAGUAAAUGUUUUUCUUGGAUUUGGAAAACAACAACAAAGAAUUUAGGUUUAAAAAUGUUAUUCAGAAAAUACUGCUUCGAGGUGAUGGUGAGAACACGCCACAGAAAGCGGAGAUUGUAAUGCCUAUAAUGUCAGUUGUUCUCCCUUUAGCCAACUUGACUUCAGUGACGAGUGGUACA